CAAAUCUGUACAUCCCGGAACUUCCGGCAUGCCGAACGGAAGUAGGUACGUGGCCGCUUCAGCUGACAGUCUGCACGAUGGCGACUGAGGUUCAGAGCGGCGACCUCGAAAGCGCAACUUCCAGCCGUCUCGAGGUCUCCAUCGACGGCCUGACGCUCAGCCCGGACUCGGAGGGCGAGCAGGGCCAGCCGGAGCCGCCGCCGCAAUCCGACGCCGGCGCGGAGUCCGAUGGCCACAAACCGGCUACCGCUGAGGGCGACGGCGGCGACGGCGACGACGACGACGACGGCGGGGAGGCUGACAAAUCCUCCGUGGAGAGGAAAUGGGGCUUUCCUCUCCAAGAGCUGUACGGAAUGGCCCUUAAAUUCUUCAAAGAUAAGGACGGCAAAGCCUUCCACCCGACCUACGAGGAGAAGCUCCGGCUGGUGGCGCUGCACAAGCAGGUUCUGCUGGGGCCUUACAAUCCCGACGCUUCCCCCGAAGUGGGCUUCUUUGAUGUGCUGGGCAACGACCGCAGAAAGGAGUGGGCGUCGCUGGGCAACAUGGAGAAGGAGGAAGCCAUGGUGGCGUUUGUGCGGCUGCUCAACAAGUGCUGUAAACUCUUCGCGCCAUACGCCACCUCGCACAAGAUAGAGCGAGAGGAGCAAGACAGGAAAAGGAAGGAGGAGGAGGAGCGUCAGCGGCAGGAGGAGGAGGAGCGGGAGCGACGGAGGCAGGAGGAGGAGAGGCGGCGGCUGGAGGAGGAGGAGAGGCGGCGGCGGGAGGAAGAGGAAAGAAGACAGGCCGAGGAAGAGAGGCUAAGGGUCGAGCAGCAGAAGCAGCAGAUCAUGGCCGCCCUCAACGCCCAGACGGCGGUUCAGUUCCAGCAGUACGCCGCCCAGCAGUACCCCAACAGCCCCGAGCAGCAGAUGGGUCUCAUCCGACAGCUCCAGGAGCAGCACUACCAGCAGUACAUGCAGCAGCUCUACCAAGUCCAGCUGGCUCAGCAGCAGGCGGCGUUGCAGAAGCAGCACCAGCACGCCGAAUCCGCGGCGCACGGCCACCACGACGCCGGCAGUUUCUGCGCCUCGGCCGCCGGCCCCGCUUGCGCGGCGGCCGCGGCGCCUUCUGGCGAGGACGCGCCCACCGUCAACGGGGGCGACUCCUACCUGGAAAACACGGAGCGGGAACUGGAGCCCGAGCCGGCCGACGAGGUGUCGGAAAACGGGCCGUUAUUUGCAGCAGACUCACCGCCCGUCAUCGCCGCUCCCUCAAUGUGGACGCGGCCCCAAAUCAAAGACUUCAAAGAGAAGAUCCGGCAGGACGCCGACAGCGUGAUCACGGUGGGGCGCGGCGAAGUGGUGACGGUGCGCGUGCCCACCCACGAGGAGGGCUCCUACCUCUUCUGGGAGUUCGCCACGGACUAUUACGACAUCGGCUUCGGGGUCUUCUUCGAGUGGACGGACGCGGCGUCGGCCUCGGUCAGCGUCCACGUGUCGGAGUCGAGUGACGAGGACGAGGACGAUGAAGGCGAGGCCGCCAGUGAGGAGGAGAAGGCCAAGAAGGAGGCGAGCAAGCCUCAGGUGGACGAGAUAGUGCCGGUGUACCGGCGGGACUGUCACGAGGAAGUUUACGCCGGGAGCCACCAGUACCCCGGCCGCGGCGUCUACCUGCUCAAGUUCGACAACUCCUACUCACUGUGGCGCUCCAAGAGCGUUUACUACAGAGUCUACUACACCAGAUAGGCCCGAGGACAAGCGCGGAGGCUGGGGGAGCAGGGAAGUCCACCAGUGUGUGUGUGUGCGUGCGUGCGUGUGGUGUCAAUAUAUAGAUGUGUGUGUGUAUAUAUAUAUAUAUGUUUGUGUGUCAGGGAAGGGAGAAGAUCAAUACGGAAGGCACCACCAGAGGGCGACAAAUGAACACCUGGAACCCUGUUGCGUUUUUUUUGUUAGGGGGGGGUGGGGUGUCGCGGUUUGUGUGUGUGUGUGUGUGUGAAGGGACCAAUGUAUGGAAUUGUCACCCCCCCCCACAUGGAAAGCAAAGCAAAUUUAUUUGUAUUGCGUAUUUAAUACACACGGUAACUCAAUGUGCUUUACAUGAUUACAAACGUAUAAAUGGAAAAAAUAAAAAGUACAAUUAAAACAGCAUACAGUGCAAGGAAUACAAUUGAAAAGUGGAAAUACUCUAAAAAGCAUGAGGAAAAAAAAAAAACCCAAGUUUUUAACAUGGAUUUCAAAACAUUCACACACCUCUGUUGGCCAUUUAUUCCCUUUAUGUGCAGCAUAAAUCUCCGAAUGCUGCUUCACCACGUUUGCUUUGGACUCCGUGCUCCACUAUUGGACCUGAAUAUGUUGAUCUCGGAGCCCUACUGGGCUUGUAUUCCACAAGCAUUUCUUUCAUAUAUUCAGGACCUAAACCGUUUUGGGUUUGAUAGACCAGCAGCAGAAUUGAAAACUCUUAUUCUGAAGCUGACUGGAUGAAGCCAGUGUAGCGAUUUCAGAGUUGGAGUUCUAUGCUCUGACCACUUUGUUCUGGUCAGGAACUGAGCUGGAGCAUUCUGAACGAGCUGCAGCUGUUUAGUGCUCUUUUUGGGGAGUCCAGUCAGAAGACCGUUACAACAGUCGAGUCGACUUGAUAUCAAAAGUGGAUGGAUGAGCUUCUCCUGAUCUGCUUGACACAUCCAAGCCUUCGCUCUGGAUCUGUUCCUUCAGAUGAUCAAGGCAGUUUUAGGAAUUGAUUUGAUAUGAUAUCCCAGAGCGCCAAGGUUUCAGACUUUGCGUUUGGUUUUCAAAGAUAGCGUGUCCAGGUGUUUACUCACAGCAAUCCUCUUUUCUUUCUUGCCAAAAACCAUCCAUUUUAUGUCUUAGUUGACCAAACGUUCGCCUCAUCCAGUUAAGCUGCUUUCGAAUGACACAACAACCACAUAUUCCCAUAAAUGUUGGGCUCUGUGGGAUUUAAGUGUUUUUUUAAAAAAAAAAAAUGUUUUAUUUUCGUUGUGCGCUUGUUGCAAUUAAUGAAGGAGGGCAUGUCACGUAGCACACUAUAGGGUUCACCCCAAACGGUCUCCAGAAUCUCAUAACACAGGAUUUAAAUUAAUAUUGCAACUACAAGUUAAUGCACUACAUUCACCAUUUUAGUAACUGCUUACAUUUUUUUUUUUUUUAACAUGUCACAUAUUAUGUUCCCCCAUUUCCCACAUUUUUGUCAUUUUUCACCAUUUGACUUGCUCAAGCCUUUGUAAUGUAAAUAAGUUUAUGUAAGGGAGGGUUUUUAGACAAGGUUGAAGGGUUUGGAAAAUUCAAUGCACGCUUGAAAAGUACGACAUAAGAUGAGUGUUAAAGAUUUUGCCCUAAGUGAAUAAACAUCUAAAACGGUGGGGCAAUAAAGGUACAUUACUCAGCAAGACUAUUGAGACGGCAACUUUUUGUUUUUGUAUUGUUUGGGUCUCUUAUGAGUUGGAAGAAUCUUUUCGGGCAUAUUUAAUCUUGAUUAAAGUUAUGUUCAUCUCUUGAA